CUCUGGAAUGCCCCACGCACAGCAUCUACACCAACUGCCUUCCCUCAUGCUCACCUUCCUGCUGGGACCUCAAUGGACAGUGCACGGGUGCCAGAGUCCCCUCCACCUGCACUGAGGGCUGCAUUUGUCAGCCCGGCUAUGUGCUGAAAGAGGACAAGUGUGUGCCCAGAAGUCAAUGCAGCUGUAAGGAUGACCAGGGCAGCUUGAUCCCUGCCGGCAAGACCUGGAUCUCCAGUGGUUGUACCCAGAGCUGCACCUGUGUAGGAGGCACCAUUCAGUGCCAGGCCUUCCGCUGCCCCUCUGGGUCCCAUUGCCAGCUCAGCAGUAACGGCAACAGCAACUGUGCACCAAACCAUUUGGUACCUUGCUUGGUCUUUGGGGACCCCCAUUACCGCACAUUUGACGGCCUCAGCUACCGAUUCCAGGGCCGCAUGACCUACAUUCUGAUAAAGACCGUGGACGAGCUCCCCAGUGGGUUGGAACGCCUGCUCGUGGAGGGACGCAACAAGCUAAAUCCGCCUGUGAGCCCAGUCUUCUUGCACGAAGUGAUUACCACCGUCUAUGGCUAUAAAGUGCAGCUCCAGGCUGGUCUGGGGCUUGUGGUCAACAACCAGAGGAUGGCCAUCCCCUAUAGGCCCAACGAGCACCUGCAGGUGACCCUGCAGAGCCAGCGGCUGUUCUUGGUCACUGAUUUUGAGCUGGCCAUCAGCUUUGAUGGAAGGAGCAGUGCAGUGAUCUCCCUGCCCAGCACGUACCAGGGCCUUGUGCACGGCCUGUGCGGGAACUACGACAACAACAGCAGGAACGACUUCAUGCUGCCCAACGGCCUCCUGACCCGGAAUCCCAACACCUUUGGCAACAGUUGGGAGUCAAAGACCGAAGACGCCCUCAUCCGCUCUGUCAGGUGAGAGGACUGUGGCUUGGGGGAGGAAGAAGGACGAGGAGGAGAGUCGGGCUUCCACGUGUCAGAAUGCAGCCCGGAGCAGCUGGCGCUCAUCAACAGCACACAGGCCUGCAGGGUGCUGCUGGACCCUGAGGGCCCGUUUGCUGCUUGUCACCAGGCUGUGGCCCCAGCACCCUUUCAGGAGCACUGUGUACUUGAUCUGUGUGCUGCCCGGGACCCUGAGGAGCAAGAGGAGCUGCGCUGCAGGGUCCUAGGCGGGUACGCCAUCAUCUGCCAGGAGGUGGGCGCUGCCGUGGCUGGCUGGCGGGACCACACUGGCUGCGCCUUGGUAUGUCCAGCCAAUACUGUGUAUCAGAGCUGUAUGACGCCCUGUCCAGCAUCCUGUGCCCACCUGGUGGCCCCCAGGGACUGUGAGGGCCCGUGCAUGGAAGGCUGUGCCAGUAUCCCAGGCUACAUUUACAGCGGUGCCCAGAGCCUCCCCCUGGCCCACUGUGGCUGCAGCAGCAACGGCAUCUACUACCAGCUGGGUGACAGUUUUGUGAAUGAAGAUUGCUCUCAACGCUGCACCUGCACCAGCUUGGGGAUCCUGCUGUGCGAGCCCCACCGCUGCAGCACCGGCGAAACCUGUACUCUGGGGAACCUCACCCGGGGCUGCUUCCGAGAAAGCCCCUGUCUACAGAACCCCUGUAAGAAUGAUGGCCGGUGUCAGGAGCAAGGAGACAGCUUCAACUGCAAGUGCGAACUUGGUUAUGGGGGACACCUCUGCACAGAGCCAUGGGAUGUCCUGCCCGUCAGAAAGCCAGAAGCAUCCAACUUUGGGGCCAUCCUGUUGGGAAUGCUGUUGCCCAUGACAGUCAUAGUGCUGGCAGCGACCAGAGGGUGCAUUCACAGGAUGAAGAGGAGGAGGAAGAUGGAGAAAGUGCAGAGCCAGAAUAGAGCCAGGCUGGAGGACACAGGUGAGGAGCACCCCACAGCCCAGAACCUCGAGGGCCAAGUUGAGUGUGCCCCCGACAUGGGCUUCCUGCCUUCUCUUCAUGUUGUUCCAGAACAUGCCUUCAGAGUUGCUCAGUCCUGAGUUGUCCUCAAAUAAGGAGAUAAAAUAAAAUUAUUUAUUUUUGAGAA